GUAGCUGAGCCCUCUUGGCCGCCGAGGGAGCCGCAGGCUGGACGCACGCGAGCUUAGCUGCGCCGCCCCACGCUGGUGCAAAUAUUCUGAGGCGCGGUGAGCACGGUGGAGGCUGAGGCUUUGCUUCAGAGUCGCGGAUACCCAGUGUCCCUAGCGCACUCAGCAAGGCCCCCGUCCUUUGCAGUCCCCCGAGCAGCUCGCGAUGGCCCCGCGCAAGAACGCCAAGGGCGGCGGCAGCCAGAGCAGCAGUAGCAGCAGUAGCAGCGGCAGCGGCUCGGGCAGCGGUAGCCCGAGCACGGGUAGCAGCCGUAGCAGCAGCAGCCCCGGGGCUCGGAGAGAGGCGAAGCGCGGAGGACACAAGAACGGCAGGAGAGGAGGGAUUUCCGGCGGCUCCUUCUUCACUUGGUUCAUGGUCAUUGCACUGCUGGGCGUCUGGACGUCCGUGGCCGUCGUGUGGUUUGACCUUGUUGACUAUGAGGAAGUUCUAGGAAAACUAGGAGUCUAUGACGCAGACGGGGAUGGAGACUUUGAUGUGGGUGAUGCCAAAGUUUUGUUAGGACUUAAAGAAAGAUCUACUUCAGAGAGGACGUCCCCACCAGAGGAGGCCGAGCCACCAGCUGAGCUGGAGAAGCAGGCUGCUGAGGGGCCAGAAAUCCAGAAUGUUGAAGAUGAAGUAAAAGAACAAAUUCAGUCCCUUUUCCAGGAGCAAGAACACACAGAAUAUGCCCCGCAGCCGGAAGCAGAUGCAGCAGCAGGAGAGCCACAGCCAGAGGCUGAGGACGUCCUCACAGCGACUGAUGGAGAGGACAGAUCUGAGACCCUGGAACCUGGGGCAGUCCAUGAAGAAACUGAGGAUAGUUACCAUAUGGAAGACACUGCAUCACAGGACCAUCCAAACGAUGUGGAAGAGAUGAUGAAUGAACAGGAAGACUCAGGUCCCAGGGAAGCAGUAACAGAUGCUGAUAAGAUGCAGCAGGAUACAGAGGAAGCAACACACCAAAAUCAUGAUGUACCAGUACAUGAGCAUUUAGAAAAUGAAGGGAUAGAGAUUUCAGAUAAUGCCAUAGAAGAUUCUAGCAUCAUUUCAGAAGAAAUAAGCGUCCCCUCUGUGGAAGAACAGCAAGACACUCCACCAGUUAAGAAAAAGAAGCCUAAACUUCUGAACAAAUUCGAUAAAGCAAUCAAGGCUGAGCUUGACGCUGCAGAAAAGCUCCGGAAAAGGGGUAAAGUCGAGGAAGCAAUGAACGUGUUUGAAGAGCUGGUUCGGAAGUACCCCCAGAGCCCACGAGCGAGAUACGGCAAAGCACAGUGUGAAGACGACUUGGCAGAGAAGAGGAGGAGCAAUGAGGUUCUGCGCAGGGCCAUCGAGACCUACCAGGAGGCGGCCAGCCUGCCCGAUGCCCCCACAGACUUGGUGAAGCUGAGCUUGAAGCGACGGUCAGAAAGACAGCAGUUUCUAGGUCACAUGAGAGGCUCCCUGCUUACCCUCCAGAGGCUAGUUCAGCUGUUUCCUAGUGAUACGGCAUUGAAAAACGACCUUGGCGUAGGAUACCUCUUGAUGGGAGACAAUGACAGAGCCAAGAAGGUUUACGAAGAGGUUCUGAACGUGACACCCAAUGAUGGCUUUGCUAAAGUGCACUACGGCUUCAUCCUGAAGGCACAGAACAAGAUAGCGGAGAGUAUUCCCUACUUAAAGGAAGGAAUUGAAUCUGGAGAUCCUGGUACGGACGAUGGCCGGUUUUAUUUCCAUUUGGGGGACGCCAUGCAGAGGGUCGGGAACAAAGAGGCCUAUAAGUGGUAUGAGCUUGGGCACAAGAGAGGACAUUUCGCCUCCGUGUGGCAGCGGUCCCUCUACAAUGUGAAUGGCCUAAAGGCUCAGCCGUGGUGGACGCCCAGAGAGACUGGCUACACGGAGCUGGUGAAGUCUUUAGAGAGAAACUGGAAGUUAAUCCGCGAUGAAGGCCUCAUGGUGAUGGAUAAAGCCAAGGGUCUCUUCUUGCCUGAGGAUGAAAACCUCCGGGAGAAGGGAGACUGGAGCCAGUUCACACUGUGGCAGCAAGGAAGGAAGAAUGAGAAUGCCUGCAAAGGAGCCCCGAAGACCUGUACUUUACUAGAAAAGUUCUCCGAGACAACAGGAUGCAGGAGAGGACAGAUCAAAUAUUCCAUCAUGCACCCUGGAACUCAUGUGUGGCCACACACAGGACCCACAAACUGCAGGCUCCGAAUGCAUCUAGGGUUGGUGAUUCCCAAGGAAGGUUGCAAGAUCCGGUGUGCCAAUGAGACCAGGACGUGGGAGGAAGGCAAGGUGCUCAUCUUUGAUGACUCCUUCGAGCACGAGGUGUGGCAAGAUGCCUCGUCCUUCCGGCUGAUCUUCAUCGUGGAUGUGUGGCACCCGGAGCUGACCCCUCAGCAGAGGCGCAGCCUUCCUGCAAUCUAAAAGGAAUCGUCACAGCCUUGGGUGCACUCCCAGGAGGCUGCCUUUCUGCUUCUCCUGGGGUGCAGAGACAGACAUUCAAGCGCUGUGACUCUUUGGUCCCCUUGCCUUGCAGCUAAAGACCUCUAAGGCUCCUUCUGGAUGGGAAAUCACUAAAUCACUGGGAGGAGUAUUUGCCUUACUGCAAUUCAUUUAGGAGGCCCCUGGCUUCAAGUCACCCAUGGCAGCACAGAUGUUCUGCCUGGACUGAAGGGGAACACUUGGCUGUGUCUACAUUGCUAGCCAAAGAUAUUUUUCUACAUGGAGUAGUGUACACGGAGGCUAUACCAUAUGGAGAAACUGUGAAUGAAUCACUUUCGUUUGUAAUUUUUCUAGGCAGUUAUAUUUUUCUAGGUAGCCAGACUAUUCUGUCACCAUCUACCGUGCGUUUCUGUCGACUUUGAUGAGAAGUACAAAUGCAUCCCUUCUGACUGUUAAGUAGUGAUUUUUCUGGUCAAUUCAGACAUAUGCCUUUUAGGAGAAAAAAACACUUGUGAAAAAGGCAACUUUAUUUUGUUUUCCUAAUAUAAAUGGGAAGUUGCUCUGGGAAAUAUAAACUGUGCCAACCCUUGCCCUUGGAUGUCCCUGUGUAUCUUCGUUUUGACUCAGCGUCUUCUCCUGUCUCUGUGCUUAUCACGAAAAUGCUACCAAGCUCUUAUUCCUAAGAGCAACGCUUUCUCUUUGACACUGAGCAAAGCCAUGGAAAUAUUUCAUGUUGUAAUAAGACAAUACCACAGAUAACGGGGCUCAGAGAAGAUCUAACAUGGAUGUGAACGUUUCCACUCAGGGUCAGGUGACCAGACAGCCUGGACUCUUUGCCUUCUGUGCACAGGACCUGGAAUCUGCAGUGGCCGCCUGUUCUAGGUCCACUUAGAUACCAAGAAGAUGGCUGCUUGGUUUCUGAGCGUCUCCUCACAAUUUUGUCCAUGUAGGAGAGCAGUGUAGGAAGUUCCCAGGAAUGCUGGGAUCCUCCCCCAGGUGGAGGUAGUAGAGUUUGUUGAGUUUUGAAUUUGCAGGCAGUUUCCGUCGUCCACAUUAAAAAAAAAGCCUGCCAUCUAAUAAUUAUUAUUUUGAAACAGCAUUUCACAUGUAUGUUUGAUCUGAGUACGGCCCAUGGCAUAGGAAGAAGAGCGGAAAGUCAUCUUGCUGCUCAUUCCAGAGAUGAUCAGUUCACCACUGCCUUUGAUUUUCUGUUUGACAGUUAAAGCUAAUUCAAGCCUCAGAAUGUAAUGCCAUUCGCGCACUGAUCUCUAAGCCAGUCGAGCAGCAGCGCUGCAGAAAUGACACGUAUUCCAGCCACAUAGGUGGACAAAACACAGAUGCAUUCUUUUCAUACAAUGUCAAAAGAAGAUGCUUUCUGGACCUCACUUAGCGAGCAAUUCUUUGAGAUUGGCAUUGAUCCUUUUUCUUUUAGCUUAAGGAUACUAGCUUUUAGUAGGAAGUUUACAAAAUAUGUGACCAUUCAUUAAAAAAAGGUACUUUUUCCUUCUUUUGUCAAUGUUCAAAAAUUCCUCUAAGGCAUGGAAGGAAAAUAGGAAAUCAUCCCCAAAUUCCAGAAAAGAAAACAAACUCUCAGAAAACAAAAGGUGUUUGUGUUCUUCAGUAUUUAUUAAAUGGAGGAACUUACUUACUGACAAAAGGCAAUACAAUUCAGUGUUCAUGUUGUGACACUCGGCUGCCUAUUGGUUUUGUUUCUCCGACAUAUUACAUACACAUAACAAAAUGCAAACCAUAUGUUCUCACUGUUAAACCGUCACCUUACAUUCAUGUCAUAAAAUGGUAGAAAUAAGUGAAAAUUAGCUUUUGACUAGUAAAUAUAACAUGGUUUUUAAAAUAUGGUCAUUACAGUAGGAUUCUAAAUAUUGUCAUGUGAAAAGCCAGAAGAACCAUUACUGUUACACAAGUUGGCAGUCGUUGACUCCAACAAUAUUUUGAGUACUUGGAUCCCACAUUUGUUUUAUAAACCCAAGCAAUAAAAGAUUUUCUGAUUCACUUUAA